AUGGAGAAAGAAAAUUUCACCAAAGUGAAGGAGUUCAUCCUUUUAGGGUUCACAGCGGACUUGGGGUUACAGAAAGUGCUCUUUUUCAUCUUUCUCAUCAUUUACAUCAUCAGUCUCCUAGGGAACAUCACGCUGAUUUCUCUGAUCUGCGCUGAUACUCGGCUCCACACACCCAUGUAUUUCUUCAUCGGGAACUUGUCAUUUCUAGAUCUCUGGUAUUCUUCUGUCUAUGCUCCCAAAAUCCUGAUGACCUGCGUCUCUGAUGACAAAAGCAUCUCCUUUGCUGGCUGCCUGGCUCAGUUCUUCUUUGCUGCUGGACUGGACUAUAGUGAGUGUUACCUCUUGGCCACCAUGGCUUAUGACCGCUAUGUGGCUAUCUGCAGCCCUCUGCUUUAUUCCCAAGUUAUGUCCUCUAGAUUGUAUGUCAGUCUUGUUGUAGCUUCAUUCCUUGGUGGCUUCAUAAACUCAGCUAUCAUCACCAGUGAGACAUUUACUCUGAGCUUCUGUGACAGUAAUAUCAUAGACCAUUUCUUCUGUGACUUGCCGCCACUUGUAAAGUUAGCAUGCGAUGUGACAGAGAGCUACGUGGUUGUGAUGUACUUCCUACUGGCCUCCAAUGUCAUCACUCCUAUAAUUCUUGUUCUUACCUCCUACCUCUUCAUCAUUGCCACCAUCUUGAAGAUACGUUCUGUGGAGGGACGCCGCAAGGCCUUCUCCACUUGUGGAUCCCACUUAACAGCUGUCACCUUGUACUACGGGACAAUUCUCUUCAUUUACUCUCGACCAAGCACUAGCUAUGCUCUGGAAAGGGAUAAAGUGGUGUCAGUGUUCUACACUGUGGUGAUUCCUAUGUUGAACCCCUUGAUUUAUAGCAUAAGAAAUAAGGAUGUCAAAGAUGCCCUGAGGAAAAUGUUAGGUAGAGCAAGAUUUUCUUAA